UUAUUACAGUUGUCUGCAAAGUCUAAAGACCUGUUCCAAAUCAAAACGCUACGGUACCUUUUCGUCCGACCCUACAUUCCUGUCAUUUAAGAGAAAUAUGGAUCCAAGCCUGUUGAGAGAACGAGAGCUGUUCAAAAAACGAGCUCUUUCCACUCCUGUAGUAGAAAAACGUUCAGUGUCUUCUGAGUCAUCAUCAUCAUCAUCAAAGAAGAAGAAAGCAAAGCUAGAACAUGGAGGAUCAUCAGGCUCUAAACAAAAUUCUGAUCAUAGCAAUGGAUCAUUUAACUUGAAAGCUCUGUCAGGAAGCUCUGGGUAUAAGUUUGGCGUUCUUGCUAAGAUUGUGAAUUACAUGAAGACACGGCAUCAGCGAGGAGAUACACAUCCUCUCACUUUAGAAGAAAUUUUGGAUGAAACACAACAUUUAGAUAUAGGACUCAAGCAGAAACAAUGGCUAAUGACUGAGGCAUUAGUCAAUAAUCCGAAAAUUGAAGUGAUAGAUGGGAAGUAUGCCUUCAAGCCCAAAUACAACUUGAAAGAUAAGAAAGCCCUACUUAGGCUGUUAGAUAAGCAUGACCAGCGAGGCUUAGGAGGAAUUCUUUUAGAAGACAUAGAGGAAGGACUACCCAAUUCCCAGAAAGCUAUCAAGGCUUUGGGGGACCAGAUACUAUUUGUAAAUCGUCCUGAUAAAAAGAAAAUUCUUUUCUUCAAUGAUAAGAGCUGUCAGUUUUCUGUGGAUGAAGAGUUUCAGAAACUUUGGAGGAGUGUCACCGUGGAUUCAAUGGAUGAGGAGAAAAUUGAAGAAUAUCUGAAGCGACAGGGUAUUUCUUCCAUGCAGGAAUCUGGACCAAAGAAAGUGGCCCCUAUUCAGAGAAGGAAAAAACCUGCUUCACAGAAAAAGCGACGGUUUAAGACCCACAAUGAACAUCUGGCUGGAGUGCUGAAGGACUACUCGGACAUUGCUCCUAGCAAAUAGCCAACAGUUUUAUUUGUGAGCAAAGAGUUCAGUACCAUGUCAAGGUCUUUCUUGUUGAUGCUGGGCUCUGAAGACUGUCUUCCCAUUCUAUUUCUUAGGACUGAGGAGAGGAGCAGUUCAGUUUACAGAACAAGAGCAAAUUACCAAACUCCAAGCGUAUUUUAAUUGAAUGGGCUAAUGUGAUAUUCCCUGUUAACCUUCUGUUACUUCCGGGGAAAGGCGCUUAGCAUGGCAUGCAAGUGUCUUUGCUACUUAUCUCUCUUUCUAAGUGGUUCCUGGUUCCAUUUUUCUUCCUUUCUUCCUUUCGAACAAGUUUGCAGAUAGUCUUGAAUGCAAUUUUGUUUGUUCCGAAAGGACAUAUUUAUAAUAAAAUCACUGUAGAAGGAACUCGAA